AGGCCUAAAAUUCAAAGUAACAGCUACAUAUCAGCCAAACCCUAAAAAAAACCAUGGCGCGAAAAAGCCCAAAUAUCGUUAUUACAGGCACACCCGGUGUAGGAAAGACGACGCAUGCAGAGCAAUUAGCGCAAGCGACAGGCCUAAAGCACCUAUCUGUAAACGCGAUUGUGAAAGACGAGGGGUUCCACGAGGGCAAAGACGAGGAGACAGGAAGUUGGAUUGUAGACGAAGACAAGCUCCUCGACUACCUCGAAGCGCUCCCACUGCACAGCACCGGCGGCUACAUCCUCGACUGGCACGCAUGCGACCUGUUCCCCGAGCGCUGGAUCGACCUCGUCAUUGUGCUGCGCUGCGACUCGUCGGUGCUGUACGACCGGCUGACGGCGCGCGGCUACAAGGGCAAGAAGCUCGAGGAAAACAUGGACAGCGAGAUUAUGCAGGUGUUGCUGGAUGAGGCGCGCGAGAGCUACAAGGAGGAAAUCGUGAUUGAGUUGAGGAGUGAUAGGACGGGCGAUGUAGAGGCGAAUUUGGAGCGCUGUGAGAGGUGGGUGGAGCAGUGGAAGAAGGAUAGGGAGGGAGAGGGCGACGAGGAGGAUGAGUAGGCAAUGUGUGCAGGGGGUUUUGCGGG